AUGAACGCCCUCUCCGGCUGCGUAGCCUCUCUAACCCUCUCCACCGAAACCCUCCAAUCCACAAUCGAAACCCUCUCCGCCGCAGUCGAAGACUACCCUCGCGUCUGCAAGAUCUUAUCUUCAAAUCGCCACUUCGAACUAAUCUCCGCCGGAGAACUAACAACCGCACAAACCCUCCUCUCCUCCACAAUCCAACCCGAAACCGACCGUUUACUCCGAGAAACCGAGAAGGCAGUACAUAAACUCGAACUCAAAGAGAGGAAAUUAAUCGCCGAUGCGGAGUUAUUAGAAACAAGGAUAGCAAAUACUUUAAAGAAUAAAUCCGCCGCGGAUACUACACCGAUUAAGGUUGAGGAAGACGAAGAAGAAGAAGACAGGGAAGAGAUUGAUAGGAAGGAAGAUGCGAAGAAUGAAGAAAUUUUGAGGAAAUUGAAGGCGCAGAGACAACGGUUGGCAUAUGCGGUUGAAAGGCUGGAGUUGGAGAAACGGCAGAAGGAGAUGUUGGUUAAGAAGAGUAUGAGUUAUAAUAUUUAA